AUGGAAGUUGCAACGGACCUACCUGUUACCACUGGCAAUAUCUACUUUGCCAAGCCCAAGUCUUGGCCGGAAAAUGAAAAACCGUACACGCUCUUAUAUGAUCCUUCCGGGGAAACCGAAAUCAAAUUGAGUAAUUUCAAAGUCAAUGAUGUCCAUCCAGUCCCCAUCAGAGACAUGCGACAGAAGAAGAACGUGCUAUCAAUACACCGAGAAGGGUUUAUUUUCGCCGAAUUCAAAAGUCAAAUGGCCUACGAGGACUAUGGUGAUGAGUCCAAAUUGAAAUCAGUACUCGCCGAAGAUAUCAAAAACCUCUUGAUCGAAAAAUUAGGAGCGAAGGCUGCGUUCGUCCAUGAAUGUGUGGUUGGUCUUUCCGCUCUCUUCGUAUUGCAUUUCCCUCUGCUAAAAUGUCUUUUGCUCAAAGUUCCGUAA